AUGACUGUGCGGAUCAGUCAUCCCUGCAGGCGCGAUUCUCCCGCUCCUCAAGGCCUCGACAAGAACGUACUUCUCGUAGAUCCAAAAUCCUCUGAAGCACCAGAUAUUUCCGCAAGAGGGAACAACGAAAAUGUUCCUUCUAACGCGCGAGAGCCAAUAGUUAAAAUCUCACCUCCCACACCGUUGAAGAGACCGCCGAAGAGUGACGAGGUCGCGAGCGCGGAGGAACAACACGCGCUUUUCGCCAUUCAGAAUAAAUCUACGAUCAAAAACGCGAAUUCGUAUAAAGAGUCCCUUGAUGUUCCGUCUAAAAAUUCUAUCACGCCGCAUGACGGAUCGGGAGAUGGAAGAGUGUACUCAAAGAGGACGUGUCCCUUUCACAGACACGAGCCCGCGGUGAGAAUUUUCGACGACGAUAUCGAGAGGUAUUUGACGGAAGACCCGAGAGCGGGCGCGUCGCCGGGAGAAAAGUUGCACAAAUUGCCGCAUGUGAAGGAUACGUCUAAAUAUGAUAAAGAUAAGAGCGGAAUAACUUCUGUCAAGAGCAAGAAGAUCAAAAGGGUUACCGUUCCACCACGAAGGGAGUUGAAGUAUUAUCCGGAUAAUGCUAUUGAUUUAACCGCGAGUGGAAUUGCAGAGGUCGAAUCUAAAGAUAGGAAAAAUGAUACACUAGACAAACAACGCAAUUUCAUAUCUGACGUUCAUAUAUCGAAACUUGAAUUUUCUCUCGGCAAAAAAUCGACGAAAGAAAAAAAGAUCGCGAAGGGAUUAAAAAUCGUGUCGUCAUUUCCAGAAUCGUUUCAGCCCCAGAAUAAAGUUAAAGCGAUAUCUGACGAACGGGCGGUCGAUGAUAGAACGCGGGAAUUCUUGAAUUACUCGCAACGAUGCGCGUACAAGGCUCUAAAGCGCCUGACGCUUAACAAAAAUCUAAAUUUUAAGCCCGAAGUGUGGGAGGAAACGUCGGAGAGAUCGCGCGCUUCCACCGAUAGAUCGAUAGUGGGUACAGACAGGUUGGACGUCGCCGAGAGCGAGAGUCCUGAAUCCAGGACCCGCAGCCCAGAAUAUCCUUCCCUCCGCGAAAUGCAAAGAAGAUUGAGAGAAACGUGGGCCACAAAUAUCGGAGAGCCGGGCGUUAAAUAUAAGCCGUUAAGGUCGGACUCCGGCAAAUCCUCCAUGGCUCCCGCGAAAUCGUUGGCGAGGUCCGCCUUCAGCACGAAGUUCGCUAAGUACGAGACCCGGGAAAGCCGUUCGGCGAGUCUCCUGGACGCCAUUCCGAGGGUCUCGUGCUUUCGACGCAGGAACCGCGACAGGUGCUUAUCCUGCAUGCAUAAAUCCCUGCGGAAGGCGAGCGAAACCGAGGCUGUCCCAACGGAAAUUGAAGCGAAGGACGACAGCGAGUCCAGCUCCGGCGGACUUUCGGAAAUUCGCGAGGAAUUGCAAAAGAUAUUAUAUUCCCGGAGAAAGGGGAUUCUGAAGUAUCCGGAAACGGUUGAGGACGCGUCAAGCAAAUCGACGUCCCCGUCGCCUCGGAUGGAACAAGAGGACACCGAGAUUUCGAUAAAGAUCGAUCCAAAUCAAUCUUCUAAGGAUAAAACACCAUUGAGAUCCACCGAAAGCCUGCUAUCCAAAGAUCGAAAGAGCUUGAAAGCCGCUUCCAGCUCGAUUUCGAUGUCGUCGGACGUCGAACGAUCGAAAAUUUCGUCCUCGGAAGCGCACACCUCCGACGACGAAACGUCAUCCCCGCUUGCGUUGGACAACGAUCCGUCUCAGUACAAAAACAUGGCGCCCUGUCACCUGCCCACGGUCUUGCUACCCAGCAUGGAACCCCUGCGGGCCCUGAGACACAGGAAACCGACUACGAUGGAGGCGCGAAUCGCUCUCAUGGAGAGCGUGACUUUGACGAAGGAAAAAUCCGACGAUGAAUAUUACGAUGACGUGAAACCCGUGGAAACCGCCAAGAGAGAGGAAAGACCGUCGGCGAAGAUGACCGACGUUCCCGCGAAACCUGAAAAGGCCGACGGGGAGAAGGAUGCGACUUCGCGGACCCCGAGAGCCCUCUUGAAAGUUAAGUCGCAGCAACAGCUGAUAUCGCCAAUCGUAGAAUCUGCACGAAAGGGCGAGCUGAAGAGAGGAUACAGUUGCGCGAGCAUCGAGGAUUUAUCGAAGGAUUCUGCGAGACGUACGUUCGAGACUGCUCGAGGCGAGGCGGAAGGCGGGCGUGGAAAGGUAAUCCCCUUGGAGGAGAUAGAUUCCGCGAAAGGGUCGACUUCCUCCGACUCGGCGAAAGCGGAGAGGCGCGCGGAAUUACCGCUGUUGACAGUUGCCGAAAUCACGCGAUUUUUAGAGAAGGCGAAUCGCGGAGACACGUCGGCCACGACCACGUUGGAGAGCCUGGCGAACGAGUUCUCCUCGCGGCUGAUAAAGCAACAUGACGCCGACACGACGACGACGAAAAAACGCGCUAGACUAGCCGCGAAAUUAACGAAAUUGCUGGUGGAUUCGGAACGUUAUUUGAACCCCGAUAAAUUCCCGUCUGACCUUGUUUUCUCCGCGAAACAGCCUCCCGCUUGCAAUUCCCGUCUGUUGAGACGUAUCCUGCCGCUCGACUCCUACAAUCUCGUCGCCCCAUUAUUGGGCAUGCCGGCCUGGUACCCGAAAAGAGCCGUACGAAAAGAGACCGCGGUGCAUUACGAAACGGAAGAGGAAGAGGAGGAAGAACAAGAAGAAGAAGAAGAAGAAGAAACGGAAGACGAAAUUCCUUUCGAUUUGAUUGUGCAUCCCCCGACAACCAAAGACAUUUCGACGAGCGGAGAUGAGCGUAAAGUAGGUCAAGUCAGAUCGAAUCCUUACGCUCUCUUUUUGAGGAAACCGCGGCGCAAGGUUGUCACUUGGCGUCCUUUAACGGCGGCCGAUCUCAAAGGCUACGAUCCCGAGGCCACUCUUGAGAUGAGAGCCAGAAAUAUUACGGACAGGAUAUGCCGUGACUUCUGCGAGUGGCUGCGCGGUUUAGGCGGCACCGACAGCGUCAUCGACGAGGACGUCCUCGGAGAUAUGUUCGAAAUUGACUUUACGGCCGACGCCAGCAGGACGAUGGAGAUGUCGAUAAGGGAAAUGCCGAUGGUGCCUAACGGAGUAGCCGCAGCGAGACAAUGUCAUGAUGCAGGCGAGCUCGCCAUGACCAGGAAGCAUCUGAUCAGGGAUGCCAAAGCCGAGAGUAGGCCGGCCAAAACAAUGGCGUUUGGCACCGCGAUACCCCGGGAGCUUCGAUUCGUGCCGCCCAGAAAUCGGGUGAGAGAGAGAUGGCUCCGAUGCGAGAACGUAAUGACGGAUCUCGAGACGAUGGACGUGGUCUGGGGAGGCAUAACGGAUCUCGAGAGCGUCAGGGCGUUCGCAAAAUGGUUCGGCGAACGUUCGAAGAUUUCGCUGCCGAAUGCGUUAAAAAUUGCAAUGACCACCGAUCCCGCGAAACACGCCGUCGUCGACCGCGAGGCGUAUGGGCCGGAAAUGAACGUCGAACAGAUUGGCGGUUUCAAAGUCCGCGGUCCUCAAAGUGCCGCCUCGUCGUUCGACGAAUAAUCAACAGAAACGGGAGAGACGGAUGCGUGGAAAGAUUUUGUCGAUAGGACCCUCAAAGUUCCGCCAUCGCGCCUGCAGGCUCUGGCGCCAAAUACAUUCGUGUAACCGAUACGACCGCACGAUGACACGGCGCAGAACGCCCAUUUCCUGUAUGCGGCGAACGGUUAACCUCCGCGUAGCCGCCGUGGACGCUUCAAUCGCGAACAAUUCCCGGGGAAAUUU